UGUGCUGUGUGCGCUUCUUGUCGGACAGUUUACUGUAUUGAUUCCUCGUAAGACUCCUUCCAUCGCAAGAAAGAAAAGAGAACGCGAGAAUUUAGAAAGCCUCGUCAACGAAGCCGUGGUUUGUACGAGUUGUUAUAUAUAAAGUAUAAACAUAAAAGCCCAAAUCCUUUCUUCUCUGAUUUCAGAGUUUUCCAACCGUAGCAACUAGCAAGUAGAGAGAGAGAGAGAGAUCUGAAGCGCAAGUCUCAGAGCCAUGGCGAUCUCCUCUCAGUACUCCCGUAUCUUCUCUUUAUUCACCUUUUUGGUCGUUUUCUUUCCUCCCUGCUUGGCUGAAGUUCGUUUCUCAGAGAUUCGCUCAGACGAUCGGUCCAUAAUCCCUUUCGAUGACUUUGGUUUCACACACACAGGUCGCCUCGAACUCAACGUCUCUCACAUCUCUCUCUCGAAUCCUAAUCCUGAACUUGAUCUCUUCCAAGUCGGCUUUUUCCUCAGCACCAGAGACUCCUGGAUCCAUGUCCUUCAACAGAUCCAGGACGGCGAGAUCACUUGUGCCCUUCAAUCCGGUCUCGUUAAGGUCGUCUACACUUUCGACCGUCUCAAGGGCGCUAAAAACUUCGGUGUUGUGUUUACGGAGAACGAAGCCAAUCAGUUCACUCUAGUCUUCGCCAAUUGCCUUCAGCAGCUUCAGAUCUCUAUGGAUAUUCGAUCUGCCAUGUAUAAUCUCGACGGCAGGAGCGGUCGCCGCGACUACUUGUCGGCCGGCAAUUCCAUUCUUCCUAGGGUUUACUUCCUAUUUUUCUUAGUUUAUUUCUCCCUCGCGGGGCUAUGGAUUUACGUCCUGUAUAAGAAGCGUUUGACUGUUUUCCGGAUCCACUUCUUUAUGCUCGCUGUGGUUCUUUUGAAAGCUUUGAACCUUCUCUGUGAGGCGGAGGAUAAGUCUUACAUCAAGCGCACCGGUAGUGCUCACGGUUGGGAUGUUCUCUUCUAUAUAUUCAGCUUUUUGAAGGGGAUUACAUUGUUUACCUUGAUUGUCUUGAUCGGGACUGGAUGGUCUUUCUUGAAACCCUACCUGCAAGACAAGGAAAAGAAGGUAUUGAUGAUUGUCAUCCCUCUCCAGGUUGUUGCCAAUAUCGCACAGGUCGUUAUUGAUGAGUCCGGUCCCUAUGCACAAGACUGGAUCACUUGGAAGCAAGUGUUCCUGCUCGUCGACGUUGUUUGCUGCUGCGCUGUCCUAUUCCCAAUCGUGUGGUCGAUAAAGAACCUGCGUGAGGCAGCACGAUCUGAUGGAAAGGCUGCGGUUAACUUGAUGAAGUUGACGCUCUUCCGGCAAUACUACAUCGUUGUUAUCUGCUACAUUUACUUUACUCGAGUUGUUGUUUAUGCCUUGCAAACCAUCACAUCCUAUCGCUAUCUGUGGACCAGUGUAGUGGCGGGGGAACUGGCAACACUUGCAUUCUAUGUCUUCACUGGAUAUAAAUUUAGGCCCGAGGUGCAUAAUCCAUAUUUCGUUAUUGAUGAUGAAGAGGAGGAAGCUGCCGCCGAAGCUUUGAAGCUUGAGGAUGAAUUUGAAUUGUAAUAGCAUCCUUAUGAAAAUAUAUAGACCGUCAGACGGUUUAAUUUUCCCUAGUGUUAAUUACUAGGGGCCAUUAUGAAAAUGAACCUUGGUUUUCGUCAAAGACUACGGCAGUUGUUUCGGGAAGCGGUGGAAGGAAUUGGCCAUUACAGUGGGAUAUUUAGUCAUUCUUGUAGAAGGCGUGAAACUCUUGUUCACCCUGUUAUUGGUGUUAUCCUUAGUGUUUUUUAGCGCUUUCUGCAUUUGUUGUACUUAAGCAGCCUAGUUUUAUAGAAUUGGAUAUUUAUCUGUUUAUUACUGGGUGAGUGAAACUUACUGAUGAUAUCAUAUACUCAGCAUAAAUUUUGGAUUAAAGAUUGUAUUUUAUUUCUUUAUCA